AUGGAUCCAGCAUCAGCCUUUGGCAUCGUUACUGGUGCUAUGCAAACGGUGCAGAUUAUUGGCAGCACAGUCCAAGGUCUGCGUGCUUUGCAGGGUAAAUAUGCCGAUGCGGACAUGACAAUUCACUCGCUUAUUGUUCAAGCUGCCACAAUAAAAUCUGCCAUAACGCAGCUCCAGGAUUGGGCAACUUAUGGUACUGGCCGGGCGGAGCAUCCAGACUAUUUGGAUGGGCUGGAUAUCGCCAUAGAUGGAUGCAAAACAAGCAUGGAAUGCCUCCUUGCCCAGGUUUCCAAAGUCACAAGUGUUCUAGAUGCUAGAGAAUUGCCCGAAUUACGAGUUGCGGCGAAGAUUCGGGCAGUCUGGGAUGACCAUCUCAUGCAGGAUUACCAACAGCGGCUCCAGUCCCAAGUCCUAGCAUUGAAUUUUCUAUUGCAGGUCUGCCAAUGUCGUACUGUAACGGAGCAAGUUGAGCUUUUGCGGCGAGAAGAGAACAGACAGUUGCUGAAGAAAGUUGCAGAUGAUACCGUGACCCUGCGCAGCUCGGUUAAGCAGCAAGCAGACCUAUCUACAAUGAGUAUUUCUCAAUCAACAAUCAGCGAGACGGCUUUGGAUGUGGACGAUAUCAUAGUCAAUGCAACUGCGUACAGAAGAGCGCUAGCACAUAGCCGUUCAGCCUCAAAUCGAGCUCGUACGGAAGAAUCGAAUCAUAGUACAACAGGUCAACCGCAGAUUGCGGGGUCCGCCACUACCGAUGAAGGCUAUGCUAGUGGAACCGCCCGAUCACAGUCAUUUAAGGGCAUAAAUACUCUCUCCCCACCUAGUACAUUCCUUGAAGCACCAGCAGAGGAGCUGUCGCCUCAGGGCCAGGGAGAAAUGGGACGAAGCGCCUCAAUGGCUGUAGGGAGGACGUCAAUAAAGCCCACAAAUCCUGUUAUGCGGAGAUGGCAGUCAAACCCAAUUCCUCUUCACAAGUCUGGCUCAAAACGAGAAAAGAUUCGCCAGGUCCUUGGGAAGUUAGAUACGUCAAGCCGAAGCAGCCUCAAAAAGACAUCGCCACGUCUGGGGCCAAAGUCUUUCAGCUCCUUUUCUCCCAUACCAGAGCGGGGCGCGGCACCAAGAUUUGAUCGGACUCGUUCAAAUACUAGCAUUGAUCUUUCUUCAUCUGAUAGCACAUCUAUACCUCCUAUCAUAAAAGCCGCCCAAUCUGGGUCACUAGUCCAGGUUGAAAUGCAAAUUGGUGAAGGGGCCGAUAUUGAUUGUCAUCACGCACUCACGGGUCGAACAGCACUGGCUGUUGCCGCUCACUGUGGUAAUGAGGAAGUAGUUGACUACUUGCUCCAAAAGGGGGCAAAGUAUGAUACCCAGGAAAUAGAUGGCUCGACGCCUCUCCAUCUGGCAGCCUCCAGGGGCCAUACUGCUGUUAUCCAAGUUCUCCUCUCAGUAGUUGAGAAUGUGGACGUAAAGGAUGGCUUGGGCCGAACACCAUUUUGGAUAGCUGUUGAUGGAGGUCAUAUUGAUGCAACACGGAUGCUUCUGGGGGCGGGCUGCAAAAUAACAGCUAGAGCCAAAGGGCAGAUUACAGCCUUACACCAAGCAGCAAUUCGUGGCGAUGGCGAGAUGGUGGCAUUUCUUCUGCAGUCUGGUGCAGAUAUUGAAGCCAAGGAUGCCAGCAUGAAGUCUGCGUUUCACCAUGCUUGCGAGAAUAGUCAAUAUUCCCUUUGCCGCUCCCUUUUUCAGUACAAAGCGGACAUUGAAGCCAUUGAAAUCAAUAAGAGAACACCACUAAUCUGCGCAGCAAUCGCAGGCGAUGUGCGCAUUGUGGAGUAUCUGAUUGGGAAAAAGGCCUAUAUAUUGGCUACAGAUGAAGGCGGGAUGAACCCUCUGCAUGCCGCGGCUGCUAACGGCCAUGUUGAAGUUGUCCAGUUGCUACUAGAGAAGAAGAUCUCCAUAACCUCUACGAAUAAACUCGGGAUGACCCCUUUACAUCUUGCCGUCAUGUCUAGAGAGUUUGCAGUUGUUGAAUUCCUACUACGCAAGGGAGCACCCACAGAGGUUAGAAGUUCAGGCGGGUUCACCCCGCUUCACUAUGCUUGCGAUCUGGUAGAUAUUGAGAUAGCUCAACAUCUUAUUGGGUGUGGAGCAAGCAUCGAGGCUCAAGGAGAAGGACAACAGCGACCAAUUCAUAUUUCUGUGGCUAGAAAUUCGAUGGAAUUGGUUGAACUGCUCUGCCAGAAACAAGUGGAAGUUGACGCUGCUGAUGCAUCUGGCACACGCCCCUUGUGCAUAGCUUGUCGUAAGGGUAGUGCGUCUAUAGUUGAGCGCCUCUUGAAUCAAGGUGCAGCUACGUCCUGCUCGAGCUCAUGGAAUGGCACUCGGGAAGAACACUCGCCCCUGGCAAUUGCAUCGAGAGCUGGUGACGUGCGAAUAGUAUCCCUCCUACUUGGUAAGGGGGCAUCUGUUGAGCAGUAUGAUGGAAGGGGCUGGAACCCUCCGCUGUAUGCAGCACACUAUGGACACGUAGAAGCCCUGCGUUUGCUACUGUCUAAGAGCAACUCUCUUUUAAAGAUUAAGUUAGGUCAAAUGUUCUCACAGACUGGGUUCCAUCCGCAUCUUUCAAUACCAGCAGAAACUGCGCAGGCAAUUCAAAGGCUUGUCUUUGAGGAUACACAGCCACUACUCAGCCAGGGUAUCGGGAAUCCUCGAAUGAUGAGGGAUGUCAACGAGUUCAGUGGUCAUAGUAGGCUUAUGCAGGGAUACGUACCUAUGCUGCAAUCCUUCCACCAACCUCCUUCCUCCACGAUAACUCCACCAAUACCGUCGUUUCCACAGACUGCCAUUGAACUCCCUGCGUUUGAACCCAUUACCCUACCCGGCCGUGGAUUUCUUGGAUCAAUCGAGCCGAGCAGUGGGGGCAUACAGCAGGAUCAGCCGCCAGACAUACGACCGGGCUUAUUCGAAGCGCCGCAGAAUACCACCACGCGGAGUAGUAGUGGCCAGUCGAGCAACAAUCAGAACAGCCAUGUCUCCAUCGAACGCCCCCAUGCUAACCACGGAGAACAAACCAAUGUUGUCUCUGCCCUGGCAGAGCCACUGCCCACAAUACCCAGCCGAAUAGCCACACCACUGCCGAUAUUCGAAUAUCCUCGCCAUCAGCCGCCAUCUCAGCCUGUUUCCCAACCUCAGGAUCUGCCACCACGAGAUAUUCCAGCUCGUCAAGAUAUCGGUGUCUCCCCCCUUGAUACCUUGGGUAGAAAUGUUACCGUUAGCCCUGCACCACACGUGCCAGACGAACCAUCAACCAACAACCAAUCCCAACCGUGGUAUUCAGAAGAAAUAUAUAGGCAAUCACCGGAAGACGAGUCCGAUGAUAGUGGCCUCGAAGGUGACUCCGAUAGCGAGUCUGCCGUUUCUGUAUACACUGCUCCGGAAUCGCUAGACCCUGAGAUACCAGAACUGCCUUCUGCAGAGCUUGGAGCCGCUAUCUACGAGCUAGAUGGAACUGGUAUAUCAAUGCAGGGCGUCUUUAUACCCUAG